CUUUCUAGUCACUCUUUUUAAUAUCACCCCUAAACCCAACAUUAGAUUAAUAAAAUGCCUACUUUAUGAUUAUUAUAUGAGCACCUAAUAUAAGAGUCUGCCUACUUCGGCGCUUAAGGUAGGCAAUAUAUUAGAACAUGUAGCAUGGGAUCACCUCCUAUAUAUAAGUGACGGACUAACUUACCUACCUGACUUAUCACUCAAAUUACGAAAAGAUCGACUAAGAGCGAUGGCAAAUUUAAAAGACUACCGACUUCUCUCCUUUGACGUCUAUGGCACUUUGAUAGACUAUGAAACUGGUAUACUAUCAGCCCUAGAGCCUUUCCUCGCUUCCAAUAAUCGCACAGAUAUUCCCCGCCUUAAGGUGCUAGAGGCCUACUAUGAAUGCGAAGUCAAACACCAACAGGAAACUCCUAAUAUGCCGUAUUCCCAGCUCCUCACCACUAUACACCAUCAGCUCGCCACUAAGCUAGGCCUGGCACUACCAACGGCCGAAGAGUCACGAGCUUUUGGCAAUUCAGUAGCUGACUGGCCAGCUUUCCCAGAUACUGUCGAUGCCCUUCGUCGACUAUCUAAACAGUAUAAACUGGUAGUCCUCUCUAAUAUCGACCGUGUCUCCUUUGGCAUAACCAACACCGGCCCGUUACAUGGAUUCCCCUUUGAUCUCAUCAUCACGGCUCAGGACAUCGGUUCAUAUAAGCCAAAUCCUCGAAAUUUCGAGUAUAUGCUGAAAGAAGUCGAGGAAAAGUUCGGGAUCGACAAAGGGCAGGUCAUACAGACCGCACAAAGCCAGUUCCAUGACCAUCACCCUGCACGAGCUAUGGGAAUAAAAUCGGCUUGGAUUGUGAGACCAAGCGCCAUCAUGGGCAAUAGGGAGAAGGAAAUAUAUGACUGGAAGUUCAGCACAUUAGGAGAUAUGGCUGAUGCCCUUGAAUCUGAGUUAAGUGCUUCAUAAUCGA